AUGAAAGCACCUUCACCAUCUUAUUCAAAUUCAAGUAAAAUAUCCAAAUCUUCAAGUGAAAGUCUUGAGUCUCAACCUAUAUCACUGGGAACUGAUUAUACAAUUGAAGAAGAUAAAUAUCAUUCAUCUUCAUCUUCAUAUAGUAGUAACAACAGCAAUAACAACAGGAAACAUAAAAAUUAUAGUAGUCGACCAGCUAAGAACCACAAUUAUAAUGAUGAAGAUUUUAAAAAUUAUAAUAUGAAUAAUAAAGAAUCAUCACAACCUAGUCUUUAUGAAAAACAAAAUCAUCAAUUUGAUGAUACUGAAAAUCAACAUUACCAACAAAGAAGACCAAGCAAUAGCAACGAACAACAACCCAAAAAUGAUUUAAUUGCCUCAUUAAACGAAUUCAUAUUUAUUGAAUCAAACACAAAUGAUCUUGGUUAUUGUAAUUUUCCAGUUGUACUUAAGAUCCAAAUUGAAUCUCAACCAUUUGAAGAAGAAAUUAAAGAUCUUGUAUCUGAAUACCCAAAAUUAUCAAUUGUUGAAGAAUUUAUCAAUACACUUAAAUAUUUUAUUAUCAAUUUCAAAUCAAAAUCAAGUCUAGAUGAUUUCAUAUAUAGGUUAUAUGAUGAAAAAAUUCCAUUCGAAUUGGAUUAUUCUAAAUUUGUCUCACAUCCUGGAGUACUAUUUAUUAAAAACUUAUCGAGUGAAUUAAUAUUUGAAAUGGAUCAAAAUGAAAGUUUUAAUGGUUCGACUGAAUUUUUAACUAUCACACCUAAAUCAAUCAAUAAUAAUAGUAACAAUGAACAACAUAAAUUGUAUGAGUUUUUGAUUGACAAUUGUUAUUUUAAAUCUUUACAAGAAUUAAAAAUUUUCAACAACAAUGAUUUGAAUAACAAGAAUAACUCUGACAGUAAAUUAUCAAAUUCAAAUAAUACAAAUGCUUCAUCAUCAGCUUUUGCAAUUGUUAAAUUUUCAAAUUAUUUGGAUGUUGAUAUUUUGAUUGAAAAAUUUAAUAGACAUACUCCAAACAUAUUCAAUGAAAACCAAUCAAUACCAUUGUUCUUGAACAAAUACCUCAAUAAAAGGGAAAGAUCAUCUCCAUUUGGUAAUAAAGGUAUAAUUCAAAGUUCAAAUAAUAACAUUCAAACUAAUUUAUUAUCAAGAUCUUCAAUAAAUUCAAAUAAUUUAGUUAAAAACUCCUCAAAUGAUAAUUUUAAUUUAAUAAUAUUGGAAAAUUUGAAUAAUUUCUUAUCAAUUGAUGAACAUAAUAAGAUGACUUUGGAAAAAUUUAUUGAAUUCUUAGAUGUAUUUCAAAAAUUCGGUAACAUAAUUGAAAGUAUUUAUUUCCCAUUUGUUCAAGAUGAUCAAGAAGCUAAUAGUGGUGCUGAAAAUCCGACUUUAAAAAAUGUCAAGUUUUUUGAUUUUGGGUACAUCAAGUUCAAAUCAAAUGUUAAUUUGAUGGAUAAUACUUUGAGAAUAUUGUACUAUUUGAAUGAUUUAAAAUAUGAUGAAUUUAUGUCAUUGAAUAUUAAGGAUUUACCUUCGUUGUUGGAAGAUAAAGAUAUUGAGUCAACAAAUGAUAACAAAAAAUUAAAUGGCGAAAAUCAUGAAACUGAUAGUGGUGAUGAUAACGACAAAAACAAUGAAAACGAUAAUAAACCUGUCAGUAAUGACAAAUUAUCAAUAACUAUAGCUCAACAUAAACACAAUCAUUAUUUAUUCAGUCAAGCAAAUCAAUUUUAUUUAUCAUAUAACAAUGGAGCAAAUUUACAUUUGAAACAAAAUCAACAACAAUUAAAUCAAACUGACCAACAAUCACAAUCUAAUCAAUUAAAUAUUCAUAUUAAUUAUCCAAAUCCAAUACAUACUAUAAAUACCUUUUUAAGAAGUUUAAAUUAUCAAGAAACUAAUAUUUAUGUGAAUAAUUUAUCAAUAGUUUUUGCAAAUGAUGAUUUAAAUUGGGAAAAAUUUUGGAAACAAUUUGGUGCUAUAAAAUCUGCAAAAAUUAUUAAGCCUCAAUUUUAUAAUCAACAACAACAAUUAAAUAAACAAGAUGGUAGUACUGAGCAAUUGAAUAAAGAUUCAGAGGAUAAAGAUUAUGAACAAAUUAAGGAUGAUAAAGUUGGUAGAGAGUCAGAGGGUUUAAAUGACGAAGGUGAUGAAGAAGAAUCUGAACAAAAAUCUGGUCGUAUUGGUUUCAUAUUUUAUGAAUCAUUCAAGAUGGCGAUUAGAGCUAUAUUGAUGACAAAUAAUAAGAUAAUUCAUAUAGAUAACUUCAAUCCAAUGAUUAUUCAAUCAUCAUUUGCUAUUCAAAAAUCAAGUAACAACAAUAAUAAUAACAAUAAUAGUGUCAAUACUAAUUUUAAUCAUAAUAGUCAGCACUUGGCCAAUAACUACAAUUCACCAUAUAAUAACAAUACUGGUGUUAGUCAUUUUAAUUAUAAGUAUAAUUUGCCAUUAAAUUAUCUUCAUUUGAAUAAUCAUCAACAAACUCCGUUACCACACCAUGUACCAAAUCAUAAUCAUUAUUCAAAGUAUAAUAAUUACAGUAAUCAAUAUACUCAGCAACAACCUUUAAAUUCACAACAACCUCAGCCAAAACCAGUGACUACUUCAAUAAAUCCAGCUUUUGAAUUAUCAUCAACUUCACUGAACAAUCCAACCCCAACUUCCCAAAGUUUGAAUAUAAACCCAAGUUUAAACCCAUCAACAGGUUAUAACAAUUCAAUUUAUUACACUUAUCAACCAAGUAUUCCAUAUUAUUACGGAUAUCAUCCAAAUCCCUACCAAUAUGGAGCGUCAACAAAUAAUUCAGUUUUAAACAAUUACAUUAUAUCAAAUGAUGAUCAAACCUACCCCAAAAUUGCUAAUUCUCAGACAAUUCCUAAAAAGAUCAAUGGAAAAGAAAAAGAAAAAGAUAAUAAAUCAAAACCUAUUCGUCAACAAUCCUUAACUAGUCAUCAUCCUGUUUUCACUAAUUAUUUAUUACAUGGACAACAUCAAAAUGGUUCUGGGGGAAAUGCAGGUUAUCCUUUACCUUAUUAUUUUGAACCUGGUCACUCAUCAAAUUUAAACCAAUAA